UUUCGCUUAUCGCUUAUUGGAUUGCCACGCUUUCGCUUCCGUCCGUUUCCGUCAAGUCUCACGCUUUGAUUGGGUUUCGGUAACUGUUUUUCGCUUAAGUCGUUAACUGGUCCACAACACCAAAGAGCAGGCUUUCCGUCAACCGUGAGGAAUGCAAAUACCCAACACUAGGCAUAUAAGCAGAGCAUUGCCGCCCAUAUUCCUGCCAACUACACAUACUCAUUGACUGCGCAGCACUCGACUUUAUAGACUUAUUUCAUCUGCAUUUGAUCCAUUACGACCACAGGGAAACUUUCGGACCCCUACUAAACUGAAUCCAUCUUCCUCCAGGGACUUUUUCCAGACGAACGAAGAGAUACUCCUUGUAUCUGGAAUUUGCCGACGUCAUCUUUUAAAUAAUCGACUGUAGAAACUCUCAGGAUGUCGACUACGCGAACACUGUCGGUGCCGGUCAAUACGGCGACUGAAACGCGGGGAAAGAACGACGCGAAAAUUCGCCGUAAUUCCUAUGUCGUGGGUCGAGGUCGAGACGAUGAGGUUUUGGAGGACUUUGUGAUGGCCGAGUUGAGUUCAUUCCUCACUCGUCUUGGCGAGCGGUUACAGGAAAUCCGUAGCAACGGUGCGUCGUUUCAGGAGGGCAGCAUGAAAACGGUCAUUGAGUUUUUCGUUCGUGUCCACGAGUAUGUUUCUAGUGACACGGGCGUAAUUGGCACAAAGCAAGUUGCCAGCAUGCUUCAGCUUGUUGAAGAGAAGUACCAUGAUAUUCUCGAUGCAUGCGAUACCUUUCCCAAGAAAGCACAAGCUGCUUUGACAUUCAUGGAGCGACGUCUUGCCGAUUUAGAGCGCUCUUCGGCUCGGUCGUUACAGAAUGUUGACUCGAUGCUUUCAGAUGCGACGGAAAUGUUUUCGUGUGCCAUUAAAAUGGGCACUAGAAGACUGUUGACGAUCGACGAAGUUCCUGUCGAUUGGCAAAACAAUCCAUACAUUUUGCGUGGGUACCGGUUUUAUCAAAGCAAACGCCGUUGUGUCAAGUCCAUUCUCUCUUGGCACAACGAGACCGUCAACAUCUGGUCGCACAUGCUGGGUAUGUUUGUCUUUGCGGGCAUUUGUUUAUUUUUGCACCCAAACACGCAAUGGUGGACAGAUUUACCUUUGUCCAACCGUCUUAUUGCCCUCGUGUUUCUGCUGGCUGCUGUAAAAUGUUUGGCAUGCUCGACGAUCUGGCACACGUUUGCCAGUUUAGCAAAUCUCAAGGCCAUGCAUCGCGCUGCUUGUAUGGACUAUCUCGGCAUUUCUGUACUCAUCGCCGCCUCCAUUAUGUCGGUUGAAUUUUAUGGCUUCAGCUGCUUUCCCAAAAUGCGGAAUGUGUUUCUUUUCUUCACGGGCUCAUUGGGCGUGAUCGGUAUAUACACGCCAUGGAAGGAUUGGUUCAACGAUAACAAGUACCGUCAUGUAAAGAUUGCCUUUUUCGUUGGUCUUGCAUGCAGCGGAUUUGCACCUCUGUUGACCAUGAUUCACAUGCGUGGUUUCUAUUACACAAUGUGGAUCCUACGUUAUGUGAUGUACUCCAUAGCGUGUUACUGCUUUGGUGUCACCUUGUACGCCUUCAAUUUCCCCGAACGUGCAUUUCCGGGAGUCUUUGACAAUCUAGGCAAUAGCCAUCAAUGGUGGCAUUUUAUGAUUGUAUGCGGUGUCUCGUUUCAGUAUUGCGCACUGAAACAUUUUGAGCGAGGCGAGAAUUUCGUCUGCAAUUUGUAGGCAUUUGAGUACAGUGUAACAAAGCGUUUCUAGCUUUUUACAUUUAGAAGUAUUCAUUUGGUUUCCAUUUGAUUCCUGAGUCCGCUGCCCAUUACUUGACCGCUUGCAACCGUACAUCAGCCCGCGCUUGUCUUUUUUUUUUUCUCCUAUGCACCUGUAUCAAUCUUGUUUCUACUACACCUUGUUUUCCUCAUAUCCCUUGUUUCGUGUUCCUGCAUGUUAAAUGUGGUAUAUAUGGGGUGGGCUUUAUAUGUUUGCUCCGUUUCUUUUUGUUCUUGUUUAAUACACUUGGAAGUAAUGGAAUGAAACCGGCCAUGGCCGUUCAACGUUAACAAACACACACAACUUAUAUUCCAAACGCAUCUAUGUUUUUAUUACUAAAUCGGCAUCUUGUCGCGUCUUUACGCGGCGGGUUCGACGACCAAAUUAUUAUGGUCUUUUUAUAUGAGCGAAGUGUACUUACGGGUGGCUUUUUGUACGUCUUGCCCGUAGGGGCCUUUGCUCUUUUCUCUUGCUUCGAGUGUUGUACAUUAUGACCGCGUUGACUGGGAGGUCGCUUCUAAUCAACUUGGAUGGUAGGUCAACUGUCUCCUUUUAGCUGAGUGUAUACUAUUGCCAUCAAAUUAUUUGUGAAUGAGGAAUUGGUAAGAAGU